ACACAAACUACUGCGGGAAAUCUCCCCAUUGUGGGAGGGGCAGAGACACGAACUACUGCGGGAAAUCUCACCAUUGUGGGAGGGGCAGAGACACAAACUACUGCGGGAAAUCUCCCCAUUGUGGGAGGGGCAGAGACACGAACUACUGCAGGGAAAUCUCCCCAUUGUGGGAGGGGCAGAGACACAAACUACUGCGGGAAAUCUCCCCAUUGUGGGAGGGGCAGAGACACAAACUACUGGAGGGAAAUCUCCCCAUUGUGGGAGGGGCAGAGACACAAACUACUGGAGGGAAAUCUCUCCAUUGUGGGAGGGGCAGAGACACGAACUACUGCGGGA